AUGCUCAUUGGUUUCCUCCAGAACAAUUUUAGAACAAGAAUGCCUGAUCAGUGUGCUCUAAUAAGUUCUCCAGAGAGAGAUGCAGUGGGAUCGGAGACUUCUCUGGAUCUCGAUUCCGAUUGGAACGAAGACGCCGAGGAGGAGCUCCGGUCCAUCGAGUCCUCCUACGCCGUUGCUAAGCGGAAAAGCUCCGGUUUCAAUAUCGAGGAGUCCUCAUCUCAGCGCCGCCGACUCCCUGGCUGGGUGAGCGCAGCUUCUCCUUCUGGCUGCGUUGAAAACGGCGAUCUCAUUAGCAAGCUUGAUCGGUCCCCUUGCCCUAGGAAUCUACUCUCUAAUUUCUCUCCGAUACCUUGUCAAGCUAAUUUAAAAGCAAGACAUCAAGUAUUUACUUUUGGUGGACGCGUUGUAUACAGUAGGACCUCUUCCGAGGUGGAACAAUCUACAAAAGAGAUUUUGGAUAAAAUUGAACAUUCGAGACAUAAUGCUGAUGAAAUCUCACUUGGAUUUGAUUUAGAGUGGAAACCUAAUUUCAUAAAAGGGAAAACACCUAACAAAACUGCAGUAUUGCAAAUAUGCAUGGAUUGGUCUGAUUGUUAUAUCAUGCACAUCAUUCAUUCUGGUAUACCUCCUAUGUUGAAAUCACUUUUGGAGGAUCCUUCAUCAUUCAAGGUUGGAAUUGGAAUAGCCAAUGAUGCGGCAAAGAUCUCAUCGGAGCACAAUAUUCAUGUUGCAUCAUUAGUAGAUUUGUCAAGAUUUGCAAAUCUCAAGCUUGGCGGAGCUUCCAAGAAUUGGGGGCUUUCCUCUUUAAUGGAGAUGCUUACAUGCAAACAGUUAUCGAAAUCCAAAAAAAUACGAAUGGGGAAUUGGGAAGCCAGAGAACUAUCAAAGAACCAACUUCACUAUGCUGCUACAGAUGCUUUUGCUUCUUGGUACUUAUAUCAGAUUCUGAAAACCUUCCCAGAUCCAAAACCUAAAACUUAGGUUGGGAUGGAACUGAUUUUUUGUAGAUUUCAGCUCCACUUUACCUAUGGGGCAAAACCUAGGGUUCACUUGGAAGUGAUUUUAAAAUUUUUUAGCAUGAGAGCUUACCAGGUGUAGCAUGGCAAGAGCUAAGAAGAUCAUAUCUUAUUCAAAAAGCUUUAAAUUGCAUUAGUGGAGUGAAGUAGAGAGUGCUUCCUGCCACCUGCUAAAUUUGGUAUGGUUUUUUAUUCUUUAUGUAGUUCUGACAUUUAUUCUUUGAAUGAACAUUGAAAAUGCUCGUAGAUUAUGUCCCAUGCCUCUUAUACGAACCAUUUAAGCAUGGUUUUGACAAUUGAAUUGACCAAUUUGAUCAGUUCAACCAUGGUCCUCCCGCUAGUUCAAUCAAGCUCCAAAAUUGAUUUUGC